ACCGGCGCGGCGGCCGCGAGAAUCUCCAAGGUCUGCGGUCCAGUUGAAAGAUGUCGGUCCUCACUACCCUGUUUAAGUAUGUUGAUGAAAAUCAGGAUCGCUACAUUAAGAAGCUCGCAGAAUGGGUGGCCAUCCAGAGCGUGUCUGCAUGGCCCGAGAAGAGGGCUGAAAUCAGAAGGAUGAUGGAAAUGGCCGCUGCGGAUAUCAAGCAGUUGGGCGGCUCCGUGGAGCUGGUCGAUAUCGGGAAACAGAAACUCCCUGAUGGCUCGGAGAUACCACUUCCUCCCAUUUUACUCGGCAAACUGGGCUCCGACCCACAGAAGAAAACAGUGUGUGUUUAUGGACAUCUGGACGUGCAGCCGGCAGCCCUCGAGGACGGCUGGGACAGCGAGCCCUUCACCCUGACAGAGCGAGACGGCAAAUUGUAUGGGAGAGGUGCAACAGAUGAUAAGGGGCCAGUGGCCGGCUGGAUCAAUGCCCUGGAAGCCUUUCAGAAAACAAGCCAGAAGAUUCCUGUCAACAUCCGAUUCUGUCUGGAAGGCAUGGAGGAGUCGGGCUCCGAGGGCCUGGACGAGCUGAUUUUUGCCCAGAAAGACAAAUUCUUUAAAGAUGUGGACUACGUCUGCAUUUCUGACAAUUACUGGCUGGGAAAGAAGAAGCCCUGCAUCACGUACGGGCUCAGGGGCAUUUGCUACUUUUUCAUCGAGGUGGAAUGCAGUGACAAAGACCUCCACUCCGGUGUGUACGGGGGCUCAGUGCACGAGGCCAUGACAGAUCUCAUUAUUUUGAUGGGCUCCCUGAUGGACAAGAAAGGGAAGAUCCUCAUCCCCGGCAUCAGCGAAGCGGUGGCCCCCGUGACAGAGGAGGAGCUGGCGCUCUACGACAAGAUCGACUUUGACUUGGAGGAGUACGCCAAGGACGUGGGAGCCAAGACCCUGCUGCACGACUGCAAGAAGGACAUCCUGAUGCACAGAUGGCGGUAUCCGUCCCUCUCCCUCCACGGGAUUGAAGGCGCCUUCUCUGGGUCGGGGGCCAAGACCGUGAUUCCUAGGAAAGUGGUCGGCAAGUUCUCCAUCAGGCUCGUGCCGAACAUGACUCCUGAAGUUGUCAGCAAGCAGGUUACAAGCUACUUGACUAAGAAGUUUGCUGAACUGCACAGCCCAAACAAGUUCAAGGUGUACAUGGGCCAUGGCGGGAAGCCCUGGGUGUCUGACUUCAACCACCCACAUUACAUGGCUGGAAGAAAAGCCCUGAAAACAGUUUUUGGUGUUGAGCCAGACUUGACCAGGGAAGGUGGCAGUAUUCCUGUGACUUUGACUUUUCAGGAGGCCACGGGCAAGAAUGUCAUGCUGUUGCCUGUGGGGUCAGCUGAUGACGGCGCCCACUCCCAGAAUGAAAAGCUCAACAGGCAUAACUACAUAGAAGGAACCAAAAUGCUGGCUGCAUACCUGUACGAAGUGUCUCAGCUGAAGAACUGAGAGGACUCUAUUUUCCAUGGAGCGCCACCAGAGGAAUCCCACCCGUUACCCUUGUCGUCUUCCAAUUGCUCAGGACAGUGGAAGCUCCUCUCUCUCUCUUCUCUCUUGUCAGAUCAUACACAGACUUCCAAGAACGGACACAAGAGUAACCACUGGUCUCGUGACUUGAGUUACCUAUACCGGGCAGUUACGAAUGCAGUCCUGGAGGCUUAUAAAUGACCCUGAAUGACAGCCAAAUUCUCAGAGGUGGUCAGCAUGACUUGGUCUCCAGAAAAUAGCCAAGGUCUGAAAGCACUAGUUCUGCUAUAGAAAGUUCUGGUUCCAUCCAGUUGGGCUAAAACAAGGACUAGAUGCUUUCCUGUCCCAUCUCUGCCUCCUGAUUCAGGGUCAUGCACACUUGGAACAUUUAGUCAGGGGCAUCUGAUGCCUUGAGGGGCCACCCUUUCUGAUCCCUCGCUAUCAUGCAGAUUUUGUCCUUUUCUCCAGACCUUAGCCGUUUCCUGUCUUCUCUUUGUUAUGAUCCCUCACAACCUAAACCUAACUGGAAGGAUUAUUUGGUCUCAUUCUGUGAUGCUAAGUAAAAAGUAAAAAUGAA